AUGCUGAGCCGGCUGGACUGCAAGGUGUCGUGGUGUGUUGCGGCCAUAACCGUCACCGGCGGCCUCCGUGGUCGGCGCGGAGGCGUUGUAUCGCCUAAUUAUAGCAUCCACAACACCGAUUUGAGCACACCCUCGAGAAUGCUGAAAAUCGGUGUGUCGGGGCAGGAAUGUCAUCAGAUUGAAUUGCUGUGUCUGUUCAAUUUAGUUUUCUCUGCCUGCCCGCCGUUUCAGGCCUCUCCGACCGCGGAACGUAUGUGCCAGUGA